CAUGUCGACGCUGUUUUGCUUUGUUACAUAUGCCAAAAAUCGAUUAACGAAUGCGCAGAUUAGCCAAAAUUUAAAUAUCAAUAGCGGUUUUAGCACUUCCCGCCGUCAGGGGGCGCCCCCUGGCGCUUGAAAAGUGAGAGUAUCAGUGGAAUAAACCGCAAUCGGCGCGCUUAGCUUCCAACAGUUGUCUACGCAUCGCCGUUGCGUUCGGACGUGCCGUUGGAGUAUUCAAAAAGUUUUCACCGCAAUCGUUUAAUAACGCCAUGAAUUUGUCAAUUUGUAUGCUAAUCUUUGCGGCCGUUUGCCUUGCUGCGACGUCGGCCACGACACAGCUGAGGCAACGAAACGAGAAGCAGGUUCUGGAGGAAUUGCCUCGAAAGGGCGCUACCAUCGAGGAGGUUGUGCUCGAGUCUAAUCUGCACAUCAGGCCCAAGGCACGACAGAACGUGAGACGUGUUCGAUCGCUGCUGGAUGAGACACUAAAUGAAAUCUAUGCGGCGCACAAGCGAGUGAAGCGUCAGGGACGCUUCCGUGGUGGAUUUGGCAGCAACUCGCAAGUUGACACAAGGGCUGGCGGCGCUUCGAGUGGCGUCAAUGUGGGUGCUAAUCGUCAUGGCGGCACUGCCGGCGCCAAUGUCAAUUUCCAGCCAUUUGGUCCCUUGGGCUCCAAUGGCUACAAACAGGAACAGACAGCCUCCAAUGGUGCAGCAAGUAGCAACUUCAACGAUCGCUUCAAUUCCGGCUCAUCGGCGGCCAAUGCCCAGGCCCAGGGCUUCCAGUCGCAAAGUAAUCUUGGCUCUUUCGGCGCCUCCUCCACCAGCACAGCCACUCAAUCGCAAAACUUGAGUCCAUUCGGUAACAGCAACUCCGCCGGUGCCUCCCACAGUCAAGUCUUCAAACUCCCCAACGGCCAGACCAUCAAUUUCGCCUCCACCAACAAUUUCGCCAAUAGCGGAUUUGGCAACACCGCCGGCAGCCGUGGUGGAGCGGUUUCUGUGACAGGUUAAUGACAUUAAUGUUAUACGAAAAUGUUGUGCAACUAUGUGGAGUCGAUGUCCAAUUUCUACUCUUCUAACACCUGGGGCACUUUCGAAUUUUUUUGCAAAAUUAUUAACAAAAGAAACUAGAAACUGGAAUUGCCCACACACACACACACACACACGCAUGCACGUAACAGCAUAUACAACUUAUUUGCUUACCAAUUAGUGGCCAUUAACCGGAGUCUGCCAACUCCGAAAUAUAUCGCAUGUCAAUUUGAUUAAAAUGUUUGAGCUUUA